AUGCCGUUCGGCGAGAUUUUCUUCGGCGAUGAGGAACACGAUAUUCCUCUGAUUCAGAGCGACCUCCUUGAAUCCUUGGAGGCGGAAAUGGAUCAAGAGGAUAUCUAUGGAAAUGGAGACGCAAGUGCAGGUCCUACGGUGGUCACGCUGGCCGAUCGUUCUGCGGUAAACGACGUACUGCCGGAUGCCCCAGAAGCCGACUUGGAGCUCCAGCUCCAAACUGAGAUCCAGGACAGCCUGCCUGUCUCUGCGCCAGCCUCGGUCCCCAAGAAGCGCGGUAGGCCUUCGCUCUCGGCCUCCGCCACCACCGCCAAAUCGGUCGCGGCUAGGACACCUCGUUCGGCCAAGAGCGCCGCGACGCCGAAAAGCGCGAGUCGUAGUGCCGGCAAGCGCAAGGCGGUGGCACCCGAACCCGAGCCUGAGAAGGAGGAGGAGGAGGAGGAGGAGGAAGAGGUAGAAGAGGAGGCGGAAGCAGACGGGGAGGCCGAGGAGUCGGGGGAGGAUGAGAUGGAGGAUGUUCCGGCCGUUCCGGCUGGGAAGCGCGGCCGCCCGGCGCGUUCUACGAGCGCACCUACCAGCGCGCGGAUUGCGGCCAAGGCUGCGAAGAAGCCGACCCGAGGCUCUAAGAAGCCUGCUGCGGCCGCCGCAAAACCAGCUAAGAAAAUAGGUCGUCCCAAGAAGAACGCUACCAAUGGUGAUGUGCCGGCGGGCGAGUACGAAGUCGAAACCAUCGUCGAUUCGGCCAUUGACGCAGAUACGAUGGAGCACAUGUUCCUCGUCAAAUGGAAGAAUUACCCUGCUAGCGACAAUACCUGGGAACCCAAAAAGAACCUCAAGGGGUCUCUCGAUCUCGUUCGCCAGUUCGAAGCCGCAAAGAAGAAGGCCCAGGCCGCCGAGGCUGCUAAGAAGGCAUCCACCCAGAAAGCAGCGGCGAGUGAGACAAAGGCUACGAGGGCUGCGAAGUCGAAGGCUGUGAAGCCUGUGAAGCCUGUGAAGCCGGCUAAGAAAGCACCGGGCCGGCCGGGCCGGAGGAGGAGGACCCGAGCUUGA